AUUAAUAUUUACUCUAUGUUUAGAAUUUAAUGGCGGAAAUUUUUUGAUUUACGUUGCGUUGUCAGUAAUAAAACUUUUUUACUCCAUAUAAUUGUUUUAUCAAGUUAAAAUGGCAUUUUCAUCUUUGUUUAAUGAAAAUUUCCGAGAAAAUUUGGCAUGCAACAGCUUACAACUGCGGCAGGUGGAGGCGGCACUCACUGUGGACCCGGGCAACACGGAGCUGCAGCGACUCAAGGUGGACCUUGAGCAGGUGAUCAGCCUGACACGGGAGCUGCUGGGCACAGUCGCCCCACCCGGCCCGCCAGAGCGAUCGUGUGAUGGGGGAGGUGACCAGGACAGCGGGGGAGAGGCUAGCGAUGAGGCGUGCAGGAAGACCUGGGUCGUCGGAGACAAGUGCCUCGCUCCGAGCGGCGAUGGCCAGUACCGCAAGGCCACGGUGGAGGACGUGACGGAGGACCUGGCCGAGGUGUGCGUGGUGUUUGACCACAGCGGGCUAGUGGGCGUGGCCAAGCCCCGCCAGCUGAGGGAGCUGGGCAGGGAGGAGCCGCCGCCCCCCGCCCCCCACCCCAAGAAGCACAGGGGGCUGGAAGGAGUGCGGCGGCGGAAGCACAAGCGACUCCAGUUCUACCGCAAGCUGGAGCAGCAGCGCGAGGCGGAGAAGGACCGCUGGCAGGCCUUCCUGCACGGCAACCAGGCAGUUAAAAAGAUGACUACCAAGAGCAUCUUCGCGUCUCCGGAGACAGAGUCUGGCCGUGUGGGUAUCGGCACGUGCGGCCAUAGCGGCCGCCCAAUGACGGAAUACCACACUUGCGACAAGCCUCUCAAGAGGAUGUGACUCCAGUGUUUAUGGUGACUGCUUUGCUUUGAGUUGUUAAAUUGACAUAAUAUUCACCACCGAGUAUUAGAAAUGUUUUGCCAAAGAUUGUUACAAAAAAAAUUGUUGCAUCUCAGUUAAGAGUUAUUCCAAAUGUGGUGAUAAAAAAUGUUUUGGUAUAUUUAUGCAUGUAAUGACUUGCUUGUAAACUUUAUAAUCACA